AUGCCUUCUCUCGGAAGAGCCCUGCUGCUCGCCGCGGCUAUGCCGCUGGCUAACCUCGUCGGUGCCCAGAACAUCGUCGUCGAUGGCCAGGCCAUUGAGGCCAACGAGGUCACGAUUGCCCCCGCCGCCGAGGAGGUCCCCGAGGCCGAGAUCCCGGAGGAGACUGUCCAGUUGACUGACGCCGUGCUGGCCAAUCUCACCCAGCUCGAGCUCACCAACAUUUCGCUCUUUACUUUCCCUGACACCGAGGGCGUCGAGAAGCGCGCCCUUCCCAACAACAAGUGCAAGACCUUCCCGGGCGAUCUGUUCUACCCCAACGAGCUCGUCUGGAAGGUCUUCAACCUCUUGACUGGCGGUGCUCUUAUCAAGACCGUUCCCCUUGGAGCUGCCUGCUACCAGGGUGAACACUACGAUGCCGAGAAGUGCCAGUACCUUCUGGACAACUGGUCCAACUCCGAUACUCACGACGAGCAUCCCACUUCAGUCAUGUCGCCUAUCUACCAAGGAGCGACUUGCCAGCCCCAGAACGCUGCCAACAACGGCACUUGCGAGAUCGGUGGUUUCCCCCUUUACUCAGUCAAGGCCACCAACGUUGCUCAGAUCCAGCUCGCCAUCAACUUUGCUCGUAACCUCAACCUUCGUCUGGUCGUUCGCAACACCGGCCACGACUUCCUUGGCAAGAACACCGGUGCCGGUGCCCUUUCCAUCUGGACUCACAACCUGAAGGGUCUUAAGUUCAUCAAGGAGUACCAGUCUGCUGGUGGAUACAAGGGCCCUGCCUUCAAGCUCGGUGCUGGUAUCCAGGUUUCUGAGCUCUAUGAGGCUGCCAACAAAGAGGGAUACACCGCCGUUGGCGGUGAAUGCCGCUCCGUUGGUGUCACUGGUGGCUACCUUGCUGGUGGUGGUCACUCUCCUAUGAGCCCCGUCGCCGGUCUGGGUUCCGAUCACAUUCUCUCUGUCGAUAUUGUUACUCCUGACGGCCGUCACAUCACCGCCGAUGACAAGACCAACAAGGACAUCUUCUGGGCUGUUCGUGGUGGCGGUGGUGCUACCUGGGGAGUUGUCACUGCCAUGACAGUCCGCGUCUACCCCAAGACCAACUUCUCUGGUUUGACCUGGACCGUUAACACUGCCGAGAAGAACGUUUCCAGCACCAUCUUCUGGGCUGCCAUGGAGGCUUACUGGCGCCGCUUCCCCGACUUCUCCGCCAGCCACAGCUACGGCUACUCCACGAUCUUCCCCGCCGGCAACGGUGCCUACCUCUGGAGCAUGAAGCCCUGGCUCGUUCCCGGCAUGGCUCUCGACGACUUCAAGGCCAUGGUCGCCCCUCUCUUCGAGGAGUGGGCUACUCUUGGCUUCAAGGUUGAGCCCGAGUACUUCGAGCACGACAACUUCUACGACACCUGGAAGAGCCACUUCCCCAUGGAGAGCGUCGGUGGCGCCGAGAUCCGCACGGCCUCCCGUCUCAUUCCCAAGGCCAACUGGGAGGACGCCGCCCUUCUCAACGAGACUAUUUCCACGCUCAAGGGCAUCAUCAACGAGGGAUCUGCCUUGAUUCACUACAACAUGAACGCCGCCGCUCCCGCGGAUACCACCGACAGCGCCGCGAACCCCGCCUGGCGUGAGAACCUCAUGUUCGCUAUCAUUGGUAGCGGAUGGGCGGCUACCGCCACCAAGGAGGAGGUCAAGGCUGCCAACGUCCGCAUCACCAACGACUGGAUGCAGCGUCUUCGCGACAUCACUCCCGGCAGCGGUGGCUACGGCAACGAGGGCGAUGUUAUGGAGCCUGACUUUGGCCAAGCUUUCUUCGGUUCCAACUACGCUCGUCUCUAUGAGCUGAAGAAGAAGAUCGAUCCCUGGGGAGUCUUCUAUGCUCCCACCGCUGUCGGCAGUGAGGACUGGUACAUUGCCCGCCAGGAGGACUGGCUUACCCUGCAGACCGACCGUCUUUGCCGCAAGUAG